AAUACAUAUACUUAGGAGCAUGAACGUGCGAGGAACCUGUGGUUAUCCUUCAGAUUCGUGUUAUUAUUGUUAUAUCCGUGGCUUCCGGUGAUAUUAGAGGGGGUUGACGUGCUUACAAACUCUUGAAACUCAGACCAGGUUUGGUGAAAAUACAAUAUUGGCAUACGCUCUGACCGUGUGUUGCACCAGGGCUCUAUAGCGCCCCCUAAGGCGAAACGUGGAUGGAGCAAGCCAAGAUUAAGUUCCACCUUAAUUCACGAAAGUUGGUGGGAACAACUUGUAGUAGCCCGACUAACAAAAAAGUUAAUUGGGACCACGGCCUCAACUGAACAGGAAGUCGGCCAUUUUGAAUUUGGCGUCCAUCUUGGCGAUUUGCACGCUUCUGCACUGCCCGACUUGCUAUUAAAAUUGUCUAUUUAUUUGUGUGACAACAUGAACUUGAAGAUACAACUGGGCUAGAUUUAGUUGUUGUUAGAGCCUGAGGAAAGUUCUGUUCUUCCACCAAAGAUUUCUACUGGAGCCACUGCGCAUAAAGGCCACUGGGCGUCGCUGUUUUCUCGAAUGUCACGUGUGAGGGAGGAUUGACACAGUUCGAGCAGCAGGGAAUAAAGUGCAACGGCAAGAGAUUCGACGCUGUCGCAGUAAAAGUUUGAGCCGUGGAUUUGUCUCAUUUACCUGCGCACAUUCACCACCAACAACUUUCCUGUUGUGUCCUCUCUCUUCUGUCAGCAGCAGACAGGUAAGAUGAAGAUCCAGCUGUGCUGACCUACAGCAGCUCAUCGAGUCACUACACUGGAGCGUGGGAGUCUGCAGCUGCAGCCUGGAUGUGAGUGAGUGAGUUGGAAAAUCAAAAACCUCACUGUGCGAUGUGUGGACCUUUUCUCCCCCUGCGUCGCCGUCACCGUCUGCUGCUUCUGCUGCUGUGGAUCAUAGGAGCAGCCGUUUUCACGACUCAUGGUGAAGUUACCGCUCCUGCCAGCCUGGACGCAGAAGCCGGUCGCCCUCUCGUGCUUGGCUGCAACAUCACCAUGGCACCAGGUGACGUUGUCUUGCAAGUCCGCUGGCAGUACAGGAACACGCUUCUGCUGGCGUACCAGCCAGGAAAGCCACUCCGCAUUACCCACCACAACCAAAGUGUGCAGUUCACCGAGCCCCGCGACAACGCCAGCUACAUCACCAUCAAGAGGGUGCUGCCUGAUGAUGACGGGGGCUGCUUCCGCUGCAUAUUUGAUGUUUACCCCUCAGGCGCACAACAAGGACAGACAUGCAUCAGAGUCACCAGCAGUGUGUGGCCGACAGUCAACAAGACGGCCAUAAGCGGGAAACCUGUCACAUUCUCCUGCCAGUACAGUGUCCCGGAGAGGGUGGAACAGGUGAUGUGGAGGAAGACGGCGGAGCAGGGCGACACCACCACCAUGGCCUCCUACAACAAAAGGGACUACUAUAAGAUUGAGGAGCAGUUCGAGGGUCGUGUCAGUCUGAGUAAAACUCUGGGCGAGACCAAACUGACCAUCCAGUCAGUGAGGACAGAGGACGAGGCCUGCUACACAUGUGAGUUCCACGUGUACCCAGAUGGGAGCAAAAGAGCCAACACCUGCCUCUCUGUCUACGUUUUACCCAAACCAGAGGUGAACCACAUGACCUCCUCUCCAGGAGUCACCGAGGCCAACUGCACCGCCCAGUCCCGCCCCGCAGCGGACAUCACGUGGAACCUUGCCAGCGACAACCGGACAAUAGGACCACCCAUAUCAUCUGCAUAUGAUCAGGGAGACGGCACAACGAUAGUGACAAGCUCGAUUUUGUUCCACUCUGAGCUGCUCAAUGAUGCAGUCAAGUGCAUUGUGCACCACCAGGGUUUGGAGAAUCCUCUGACGGUGUUCGUCACGACAAAUGUGCCUACAGCCAUGGUUAUCCUCCUCUCCGUGUGCGGUGUGGCGGCGGUGCUCCUCCUCUGUCUAUGCGUGUGUUUGUGCAAGCACUUCGUCUGCACCGACGACUGAUUUGGAUCCCGUCGCCACCACCACCGCCGCCGCUUUGAUGAGUGUCCAGCUGAGUUCUGGGCCUGACCUCGCUGCACACAGCAAUGUGCCGUCCAGCUCAGUGUGCACAGGAUGGGAACAGAGCUCUGACCGUGUCGAGCCAACACUGCUGCCUCUGCUGCCAUGUGCAGGGUCGACGCUGCUAGAGCAGACAUACAUUCACUACAGUGUCAACAGAACUAAAAUCACCUUAUUAAAUGUUAACAGUAGAAAAACUGCCAAUUUCAUUGAGGACAUUUGUGAGUUAAUAUUCCCUCAAUAUAUCAUAACCACAAUGUUGGUCUCUAACCUUAAACACCACUGUUGCUGUCCAUGUGCUGUAUAUGUGAGUGUGUGUGUGUGUGUGAGUGUGAUCAGGUUAACUCUCAAGCACUCAACGGUGUGAUAUAUAAACAUUUAUUGCUUGCUUUAAAGUUGGUUAAGACCACUGAACUCAUACUGAUAACACGGCGACAGAAGACAUUUCAGCAAAUUAAGAAAAGGCUCAGCUCACAAACUCUACACCUGCUCAAUUCUACAAUAUCUUAAGAAUAUGUUUGUUGAAACUGAAGUUUGUAAACUGCUUUUUAUUCUGCACCAAAUACCAUAGAGAAAACCAAUGUUUUUCAGCUCAGAGGAAAUGGGAGCUGCUGAUCUAGUGUAGUGUUUGGGUCACUUAGGUAAAUAUUUAUCUAAGAAUAUCACUGAAAUCACACAAAAAAAACACAUUUGAAAUGACUGAUGGGGGCCGCAGUGGACUAACAUCUCUUGUUUUUUUUCUCAAUGGGUUUUGGUGUGGAAGAGGAAGACGUCAAACAUCAGUUUCCAGCUGGAAAAAGUUGUCUAAAAGUGGUAAAAGUGGCAGUAUUCUCAAGUUAUAUAGUUUAUUCAAUGUGCCUUAUGUUAAGAUACUGACAUCUGUUGUUCCUUGUGUCACUGCUGGCAGCCACAUUACACGAUCCAGCACCAUGUCACACUGAUACUAGUAAAUCAUAAGUAGAUUAACCUUUUGUACACUGAGCCCGCUUUCUAUGAAAGUUUUAAAAUAAUACUUCAAAUUUAGCUGGUUACCCACCUAGUCCUGGACAUUUGACUCAUCUAAUAACAUCUUUUUAGUCAAACCUUGACUCUGUGAUUUACACUGUAAAUGAUUUGGUCCUGGAGAAUCUUGGAUAGAUUCAUUAUCCUGUAAAUUGUUAUGAAUUUAUUGAAGAUUGUUGCUAAUCUCUGUUAAGUGCGCGUGCGUACACUGGUCUUGAGUUGUCUCGCCCUGCUUCGGCGCCUCAAAGUCUCAUCUUGGUCUCUGUGCGCUGUGGUUUCCAUUAGUGUGGUCUUCACUAUAAUAUCAUUCAGUGUGGGUUCGCGUGGCCGAGGUGUGUCCACGGAAACAGGUGUCAGUAAUACUAUUGUACGUCCACAGUUCAGACGGUAAACAAGCUGCUGCCUCAGACCAUGUGUGUGUAUAUUUAUAUAUAUAUAUAUAUAUAUACACAUUUGUGUGUAUAUAUAUAGACAUAUAUGUGUAAAUAUAUAUAUAUCUGUGUCUAUAUAUAUAUAUAUAUAUAUAUAUAUAUAUAUACACAUACAUAUGUCACUUGCACUUUUAAAGUAAGUGUGAAGCAGUGGUGUUGCAGAAAUGUUUAUUUGGUGUAAAUAGUGGUUCAGAGACACCACAGGGAGCAACUGAUUAGUUCCCAGACUAAAAAUAUUUUUUCCUGAGCUGAAAAGAUGCAGCAGUUGUUUUGUGUCUCACAGAAUGAGAGGUUUAUUGUUCACAGCCGCCGUGCUGUGUGGGGGUGAACGCGACCACCCAAACUGAUCCCAUGAUGAAUGAUGAGUGCAUGUGUGUGUGAGACGGUGUCUUAAGUGUGUGUGUUUUGUAUCAUUGCACUCUUACAGUAAUUCAGAGUUCUAUUUGCAGUGAAUAGCACCACAUGGCUGUCGUGGGCUGCAGCUAAUUUAGUAGAAAAUGUCAUUUAUAACACAUUAACAUCUACUGUCGCUGAAGUCUUUACUCUGUCUGUAUAUAAAGAUGAUGCAAACGUGCUCUACUGCUGCAAAAACGUUUCUUUUUCGUGUUAUUAUUAUUAUAAUACUUCUGUUUUUUUGUUGUUGUCCUGUUUUGUUUCGGAGCAGUAUUCAUUGUUUCCAGGGCUGAUGGAUCAGCACCAGCUGGAGCAAAUAAAACAACAAGACUUUA